AACCGAUUUAGAUGGGGGGUCAAAUGUCAAACACUAUCAAAUUUCACAGUGUUUCUUAUAAAAAAGAGUUAGUGAUGUGGCAGUAUUAAAGAGAGAGAGAAGAGAAACGACAUUCUCUAUCAUUAAUAACGCUAUUGAUUUAUUUAACAUUGCGAUUUUGAAGGAAUUAUUCAGUAGAAUCUACACACUGUUAAAUUCACAAAAGAUGGCUAGAAUUCUUUUGCAUCUGUUGAUGCUGAUUUCUACAACGAUUCGAAGUUUUUGUUUUGAAAAGGAUAACAAAGAACUGCUACUUGUGACCAUAGCAACAGAAGAAAAUGAUGGUUUAAGAAGAUAUAUAAGAAGUACAAAGAAGUAUGACUUGGAAACAAAGGUCUUUGGUUUAGGUUUGGAUUGGCGUGGCGGGGACAUGACCAAUACUGGCGGGGGUCAUAAGAUCAAUAUAUUGAAAGAAGAACUGUCCCAGUAUAAAGACAGAAGUGACUUGAUUAUUAUGUUUACAGACAGUUAUGAUGUUGUUGUCACAGCUGGAGCAUCAGAGAUUCUAGAAAAGUUCAACAAGUUUGAUGCACGUGUAGUUUUCUCUGCUGAAGGAUUUUGUUGGCCGGACAGGUCAUUAGCGAGCUCGUAUCCUGAUGUGAAAUUACAUGAGAAGAAAUAUCUUUGCUCAGGAGGAUUUAUUGGGUAUGCUAAGGAGGUGUAUGAAAUUAUUUCCCACAAUGCAGUAGCAGAUAAUGAUGAUGACCAGUUAUAUUACACUAAAAUAUUUCUAGACAAAUCUCUCCAGGAGAAGUGGAAUAUAAAAUUGGAUAAAAGAUCAGAAAUAUUUAUGAACCUACAUGGAGCUCUUGGUAAUAUAUACAUGUAUUAUGUUUGUAACACCUAGUCUUUAAAACUACAU